AUGUUUGCCUUGAGAAACACUGUCCGUGUCGCCCCUAAAGCCUUCCCCCGCUCGUUCAUCGGCGGUGUCAGAACUAAGGUCACCUUGCCUGAACUUGACUACCCCUUGAACGGCUUGGAACCUUACAUCUCGGAAGAAAUCAUGAACCUCCACUUGAACUUCCACCAAGCCAACUACGUUAAGGGUUACAACACUGCCAUUGAACAAGCUGCCGAAGCCAAGGGCAAGGGUGAAGUCACCAAGAUCGUUGACUUGCAAAAGGCCAUCAACUUCAACGGUGGUGGUUACGUCAAUCACUGCUUGUUCUGGAAGAACUUGGCUCCCACUACUCAAGGCGGUGGUCAAGCUCCUCCUGCUGACUCCAACUUGGCUAAGCAAAUCAACCAAGACUACGGCUCGUUGGAAAACUUGAUUGCUGAAGCCACCAACAAGAUGAUGGGUAUCCAAGGUUCCGGCUGGGCCUGGAUCGUCAAGAACAAGGUCACCGGCUCUCUUGACGUCAUUACCACCGCUAACCAAGACCAAUGCCCUACCACCCACGUCCCCUUGGUCGCCUUGGACUGCUGGGAACACGCCUACUACCUUGACUACAAGAACGCCAAGGCCAAGUACUUUGAAGCCAUCUGGCACGUUAUCAACUGGAAGGAAGCUGCCAGACGUUUCGACCUUUAA